AUGAAAUUAACCUCAGACGACGACAACAACAACAACAACAACGAGUUCCUCAUGACUGCUCUUUCAAUGGAGGCGGCGGCGGCAGCGGAAUUUCAGGAAGAAAAGAAAGAGGAAGAAGACCGGAUCAGUGAUCUUCCGGACUCUAUUUUAAGCUCAAUCAUCUCUUUGCUUCCUUUGAAGGAAGCCCUAAAAUCCAGUUUGGUUUCUAAGCGAUGGAGAUCCCUCUGGAGGCAUCUAACCCGCCUCGGGAUCGACGAUUCCGCCUGCAUGCCGGCGGCAUGCAGCCGGGAAGAGAGGAUCCGGCAGCUUUCCGGCGUCAUCCAGUCUCAGCGGAACAGUUUCAUAGCCUGUUGCGAGAUUUACUUCACCAGGGACGAAAGCUUGGGGAUCACAAACGAGAAGAAAAGCUGGAUUGAAUUUCUCAAGGACGAGAAGAAACUGGAAAAGCUGGUUGUUCAAUUGGAGAUUCACAGUCUUCCUCCUGAAGCUUUGUUAUCGUUAUGGCCUGUCGGGUUUUUCAAUGGGUCCAAUCUUCGCGAAGUGGAGAUCCUUCGCGACGGCAUUCCCGACGCCAACCCUUUCGCGGGCUGCGAGAAUCUGAGGAAGCUGAAAUUCAAUUCGGUCCGGAUUUCGCACCGAGUUCUCGCUGAAGUGGUGAAGAGCUGUGUGAAUCUGGAGGACCUGAAGCUGGUUCGUUGUUUGGGUUUGGCUCGCGUUGGGAUCCAACACGAGAAGAUCAAAUGUGUGGGAAUCGAGGGUUUGCGACUCAAGCGUCUCCGGUUGGUUUCGGAGAGUCUGAGGGUUUUGUCGGUUUCGAGCUUUUCGAUUCAGUCGCAUGAUCUCCGUUGCCCCAACCUUGUUGUCCUCAAUGCCCAUAAAUGCAACUCCGCGGAUUUCAUCGACAGGUUCAUCGGCUUACUGGGAAGUGAUCACUUUAGCCAGGGUUACUGCUGGAAGAUUAAGACCCUGCGCUCAAAUUUCAAUUUGGCCAACUGGUAUGACCUUCUAUCACUCAGGUUCAUCUUCCGAGCGUGGGCGUGUUUACAACGGCUUUACAUUGUCAACAAGGGGUAUGAAGGUGAGCCCUAUCACACACUUCCAUAUCCCCAAUCAUUCUGGGAAGGAGAGUCGACCGAGAUUAUGGUGCAUCAUCUCAAGGUCGUCCAGAUUGAGAGUUUCACUUGCGGGGAAAAGGAGAUGCAAUUCGUUACUCACCUGGUCAAGAAUGCCGAGGUAUUGGAGGAACUGAUCAUCCGCUUUGACCAUCCCCGUGUUGCCGGAAUUGCAAGUGCCAAGCGGGAGCUGUUAUCGCUGCCAAGAGGUUCCGAGAAUGUGAAGAUCAAAUUCGAGGUGUAGAUUCCCAAAAAGGAAGAGUAAUCUGCUGGAUCUGCAAGCGUAAGCGAGUAAAAAGUGAAUCGGAUUCGAAGCAUGGAAUGUUGUUGUUU